AGCCGCCGGAGCAACCCCCUGGUCUUUAAUUUACAAGUAGCAAUUUGACUUGCUCUGCUGCAUGUCAGGUGGGAGCUUGGAAAGUGUGGAGAAGCCCCGGGGAUUAAGCGAUCGCAGUUUAAAAAGAAAAAAAGCCAAGCAAAUAAACAAAACCCACCCACCCUAACAAACAUGAGGCUGCUGGAGAGAAUGAGGAAAGAAUGGUUCAUGAUUGGAAUAGUACUGGCGAUCGCGGGAGCAAAGCUGGAGCCGUCCAUAGGGGUGAAUGGGGGACCACUGAAACCAGAAAUAACUGUCUCCUACAUUGCUGUCGCAACAAUAUUCUUUAACAGCGGACUAUCAUUAAAAACAGAGGAGCUGACAAGUGCUUUGGUGCAUAUAAAACUGCAUCUUUUUAUUCAGAUCUUUACACUUGCAUUCUUCCCAGCAGCAGUAUGGCUUUUUCUUCAGCUUUUAUCAAUCACACCCAUCAAUGAAUGGCUUUUAAAAGGGUUGCAGACAGUAGGUUGCAUGCCUCCGCCUGUGUCUUCUGCAGUGAUAUUAACCAAGGCAGUUGGUGGAAACGAGGCAGCUGCAAUAUUUAACUCAGCCUUUGGAAGUUUUUUGGGCAUCGUUGUCACACCCCUGCUACUGCUGCUUUUUCUUGGCUCAUCCUCUUCUGUGCCUUUUACAUCUAUUUUUUCUCAGCUUUUUAUGACUGUUGUGGUUCCCCUCAUUAUUGGACAGAUUGUCCGAAGAUACAUCAAGGACUGGCUCGAAAGAAAGCAGCCUCCUUUUGGUGCCGUCAGCAGCAGCGUGCUCCUCAUGAUCAUCUACACAACCUUCUGUGACACGUUCUCGAACCCAAGUAUUGACCUGGAUAAAUUCAGUCUGCUUCUGGUAUUGUUCAUAAUAUGUUCUAUUCAACUGAGUUUUAUGCUUUUAACCUUCAUCUUUUCCACAAGGAAUAAUUCGGGUUUCACACCAGCAGACACUGUAGCUGUCAUGUUCUGUUCUACACACAAAUCCCUCACGUUGGGAAUCCCAAUGCUGAAGAUCGUGUUCGCAGGCCACGAGUACCUCUCUUUAAUAUCCGUCCCCUUGCUCAUCUACCACCCGGUGCAGAUCCUCCUGGGAAGCGUGCUCGUGCCAACAAUAAAGUCCUGGAUGGUGUCAAGGCAGAAGGGAGUGAAAUUGAUGAGGCCAACCGUAUAA